AUGGGUUAUCAGUUCAUCGAAUACGAGGCGUCCAACGGCAUUGGUCGAGUGAGUCUCAACAGGCCGGAGAAGCUGAACGCGCUCAGCCGCGAGCUUCAGGACGAACUGGUGGACUGUCUAGAGCGGGCCGACGACGACCCGGAUGUUCGAGUCAUGACCAUCCUGAAUCUCAGCAAACCUGUGAUCGCCGGGGUACAUGGAUACUGCAUAGCGGGCGGGACCGACCUCGCAAUGCACUGCGACAUAAUCAUCGCGGCCGACGACGCACAGAUCGGGUUUCCUCCUGUGCGGUCGAUGGGCACGCCGCCAACUCACAUGUGGACCUACAUGGUGGGACCACAGUGGGCCAAAUGGUUCCUGCUGACGGGAGAGUCGGUGUCUGGGACUCGCGCCGAGGAACUGGGACUCGUCUGGAAGUCGGUUCCUGGAGAAGGUCUGGGCGCAGCCGUCGAAGACCUGGCGCGGACGAUGGCGAGGAUACCCUGGGAGCUCCUGGCGGCGAACAAGAGCAUCGUCAACAAGGCGAUGGACCUGAUGGGGCGAACUACCCUUCAGCAUAUAGCCGCUGAGACGGACGCGAUCGCGCACCAGGCACCGGUCGUCAAAGAGUUCAGCCGCAUGGCGAGAGAAGAGGGUCUCAAGGCCGCCCUGGAGUGGCGGGACGGUCCCUUCAGGGACUACCGAGGAAGUAGCGACUAA